CCCCAAUUGAGAAAUGAAAACAACAACUACCGCAAUUCGCCAUGGAUUAUCGGUCUUCUAGCACCGAAAUAAGCGUUAGUCGCGGCGCUAAUGACGCAGUAAUUCCGGAGGCCAGAGUCGCCAUUAUAGCCGUCAGAGGAUGCGGCAAGAGUCGGAGGGAGAUGGCGGACACGUUUGGAACCACUCGGCUCGACACCAUCAUCAGAUUACGCGUAGGGCUAUUUCCACCGGUACUACACGUCCGGCUAAGCGAAUUGGUGCACUAAGACGGCUCUCCGCUAGAGCAGAGAGGCAUCUAGUUAUCUGUUACCGCCGGUACCCCUGAGUAACGUAUUUUAUAACGCUAUUGCCUCCGUAAUUAGCGCGCGGUAAAGAGCAUUAUCUGAACCGACGAGGAUGCGAGGGGGAGGCCAGGUUGUAGGAAAAAG